AUGGCAAGUAGUUUGAAUAAAAUUCAUCCUUGGUUUGACAUUUGUCAUCCAUGUCCAACAGCGAAAUAUCAAGUAUUUAUAUUUCCAGCAGCUGGUAGUCCAGGUUCAUGUUAUCGUGAAUGGAGUAAACAUUUUCCUGAAUAUGAAUUUUCGUUAAUAAUUUAUCCUGGAAGAUCAAAUAGAAUGGGUGAAAAAUUAUUAACCAAUAUUAAAGAAUAUAUUAUUGAAUUGAAUAAAGGACUUUUACCUUAUAUAACAAAACCAUGUAUUUUUAUUGGACAUAGUAUUGGAAGUGUAAUUAAUUUUGCAUUAGCUCGACAUAUGAUUGAAACAAAUAAUAAAGGAUAUUUAAUUAAAUUAUUAGUCGAAAUGGGAAGAGGACCACCUAAUUUACAAGAUCCUGAUAAAUCUUUUGUUUGUAUGACCGAUACAGAAAUUGUUGAAGAGUUAAAGAAAAUAGCAGAUCCUAAAACACGAGAAGUUUAUGAUUUUCCGCCUUUUGUUGAAAUGUUAAUACCUAUAUUAAAAGCUGAUGCACAGAUUGGUAAUGAAUUAUUACCUUCGACUUCAUUAGAUAUUCCAAUUAUUGUUUACGGUGGAGAAAAAGAAGAAAAUGUUAAAGAACCAUUUUUAAAUACAUGGAAAGAAUUAACAACAAAAAAAGAUUUAUUUCGUGUUCGAAUGUUUGAUGGACAUCAUAAUUUUCCAUCCGAAUGUCAAGAUCAAGUAUUAAAAUGUCUUAAAGAAGAUUUUAACAAUAUAAUCAAUAACUCAAUAAGUUAA